UAGAGAGGAAGCUGUGAUCCCAAGGAAGCGAUCUCAACCCUGCCUGCCUGCCGCACCUCAUCUGGACUCGACCCGCACGGACAAGUGACGCCAUGGCCCCCGUCACCGAAGGAGUGUGAGUGGCCGAGAGAGAGAGAGAGUGAGAGAGACGUGGACACCAGAUACCAAAGUCCCCCGGCUACCUAAAAGCACCGAGCCAUGCGUGCCCUGCUGUGGACCACCCUGUCAAUAGUCUGCCUCUCAGCUCUGGCCGAGAGCAAGCAGGCACAGCAGGCCACCAGCAGGAGGCGAGCCCGCGCCGCAGACGAGUACGAGGUCAACAAGAAAUGCUCUUACACCUUCCUGGUUCCCCAGCAGAAAAUCACUGGACCCAUCUGUGCCAACUCCAAGGGGCCGACGCUCGAGAAGGACGGGGUGACCAAGAUGGACUUGGAGAACGUCAAAGAUGUGCUAACCAAGCAGAAGCGGGAGAUGGAGACCCUGCAGCUGGUGGUGGACGUAGACGGCAACAUCGUCAACGAGAUGAAGCUGCUGAGGAAGGAGAGUCGCAACAUGAACUCCCGGGUGACCCAGCUGUACAUGCAGCUGCUGCACGAAAUCAUCCGCAAGCGCGACAACUCCCUAGAGAUCUCACAGCUCGAGACCCGCAUACUCAACGUCACCUCAGAGAUGUUCAGAAUGGGCAGCCGCUACAAGGAGCUGGAGGCUCACUACUCCGCGCUGGCGGCCCUGGUCAACAACCAGUCCAUAAUGAUCUCCAUGCUAGAAGAGCAGUGCAUGAGAACCUUCAACAAAAAGGACCUCCCCGUCAUGCCACCUCUGGUGCAGGUGGUGCCACCAAACAACCCUCACAAUAACCACUACACCAGCAUCCUCUAUGGGAGCAAUGAAAUCCAGAGGGACCAAAACCCAGCAUACCCUCAGGAACAGGAGAUGGUCCUCAACAAGUCCCCAACGGGCAGCCCCAUUGGGAUCCCUCCAGUCCUUAUCACUGUCAACACAGACGGCCCCUUCAAGGACUGCUACCACGUGCGCAAUGCCGGCUACGCUACCAGUGGCAUUUACCUGGUGAAACCGGAAAACAGCAACAGCGUAAUGCAGGUGUGGUGUGAGCACGGCUUGGACAACGGGGGCUGGACGGUCAUUCAGCGCCGAAUGGACGGAUCGGUCAACUUCUUCAGAAACUGGGAGAACUACAAGAAAGGAUUUGGGGACAUAGACAAGGAGUACUGGCUGGGCCUGGAGAACAUCUACAGCCUCACCAAGCAGGGCAGCUACCGCCUACUCAUCGAGCUGGAGGACUGGACAGACAAGAAGGUGUACGCCGAAUACAGCAGCUUCCACGUGGAGCCCGAGACCGACUACUACAGGCUGCGGCUGGGAACGUACCAGGGCAACGCUGGCGAUUCCCUCAUGUGGCAUAAUGGCAAGCAGUUCACCACGCUGGAUCGGGAUAAGGAUGCUUACUCAGGUAACUGUGCUCACUUCCAUAAGGGGGGCUGGUGGUACAACUCCUGUGCAAAGUCCAACCUGAACGGAGUCUGGUACCGAGGAGGCCACUACCGCAGCAAAUUCCAGGAUGGGAUCUACUGGGCCGAGUACCGAGGAGGCUCCUACUCCCUGCGGAGAGUUCAAAUGCUCAUCCGGCCUAUUGACUAAAGCUGCACGCUGCUGUGUAUAUAAAGCCUGCCUCUUUCUUCUUGAUUUACGCACACUAGCAGGUGAAAGUGUUCUGCUCCUGGGCUGAGGCGACUCCCUGCAUGGAGGGUGCGGUGCGGGCACCUUGGCAGCAGUUCUGACCAGCUGCCGCUUACAAACAGCCCUCAUCAAUGCCACCCGAAAUCAGUACCUGAGGCUGCAAACAGGAAAUCGAGAAAAAAAAUAAAAAAAAACCCGACCCCCUGCCACUUCUCAUUUUAGCUACCUGCAUGUGAAAGUCGGAGAAUCCUGGGGACCAACCCAGCUGUGCGCACAGUCAUCAUGUUGCCUCAAUGGUUUUCCCAAUUAUGUCUUGUUAAAAUAAUUAAAGAGUUAAAUAUUUUUA